AUGCACGACGACCUGAGACGCAAAGCGCUGGAGAGCGGCAAGACCGUCUCGAAAAAGGCCCAGUCCAAGCAAUCCUCACGAGGAAGUUCACGAGGAAACUCGGCUCCAAAUUCGCGCGCUGCCUCCCGUGUCCAGAGCCGGGAUGUUUCUGACGAUGAGGAUCUCGACAAGGGAAAUCUCAGCGACGAAACUACACAAAGUAUCAACUCCAUAGACGCCCUCCUCGAAACCGACGACAUUAACGAGUAUACCACCGACCAGGCACGGUUCGCGGUGAACAACGUCAUCGACGAAAUCCUCGAUCGCAAGGGAUCCAGCACCCAAGCCCGGGAACAUCACUUGACGGUCUAUGCAAAAUACGUGGCAUCUCAUUACCUUGCUGACGUACUCUAUAACCGAGUCGAUGAGUUGCUGCCUGCGUUUCUGCGGAGCAUCAAAGCAGAAUCGAGCGAGACUGAGACCACGACGGCGCUGCGGGCAUUAGCACUUACGGCCAUCACGUACGCCGCACCAAGUCUCUACGAGACAGUCUCCCCGGCCCUCAAAAGAACCAUCGCCGACUCUCAGUCGGCGCCGGUCAAGGCGGCUGCGAUCUAUUCUCUUGGUAUCUGCACUGUAUUCGGUGGUGCUGGAGACGACGAGAUCCUGGACGUCAUGACCUUCCUCCAUGAGGUUGUCGCGAGCGACGGCGCUUUCGUCAACGCUGACGACAGCGCGGAAGUCGUCGCAGCGGCUUUGCACACUUACGGCUUGUUGGCAACCGAAGUGGAAGAUCUCGAGCACGAGUCCGAGGAUGCGGUAACGACGUUCCUCGAUCAGCUCGACGCUGACAAUGCGAAGGUGCAGAUCGCGGCGGGCGAGAACAUUGCGUUGCUGUUCGAGAAGUGCUACACGCCCCGCGAAGAAGAUGACGAAUCUUCCGAGGAGGAAGACGACUCGCCAGAGGAAGAACUGUCAGACCGACCCCAUAUUCAGUCUUACCUGAUCAAACGAUACAACCCCUACCACAACGCCAAGGAGGUCGUUGACAAGGUGAACGCUCUGGCCUCGCUGAGCACAAAGUCGAUGAACCGACGGGACAAGAGAUCCCUGCAUCAAGCGUUUGCCACCAUCGCACUGACUGUUGAGGAUCCCAGAUCGGGGCUCCAGUCCAACAACGCUUCGAAGAUGGUGGUGCGUAUUCAUCGCGAAGGGGAGAUGCGCGUCGACAAGUGGUGGAAAUUGAUGCGACUGAACGCGGUCCGGCGACUGCUGGGCAGCGGCUUCGUCAACCACUACUUCGAGGGCAACAAGCAAGUUCUGGACGCAUUGCCCAUGAUCAUGCGCGGCGUCGGGGAGGCAGGCAUGCAGAGUCCGAGGAAAAUGCCGGCGAACAAGGCUGCGAAAGGGAAAUAUCGUGACCAGCGGCGAUUCAUCUCGGCGAACUAUUCAGAGAAUUGA